AUGGAUCAUUGCCUUGCUCUGAGGCAACAGCUGAAAGAGGUGCACAGGGCCCGACUCCGGAAAGAAAAUCACCACGCCGCCGUCGCUGGUGUCACGUCUCAGGCCAUAGCUCCAGCUUCGGCCAACUACGGACGCCUUUUCGGGCCUUCAGAGCCCGUGAUUGCCGCCAGGGUAGUCGAAGAAGCCAAACACUGGUUACUAACCCCCAAACGUUUGAACAAAUUCUUCGGAGACGAGAAGCUGUUUGCUGCUGAUACGCCCAAAGAGGUGCCAAAGAUUUUGGACAAAAUGGAAAGGACGAAGAAGUCGAGUUGGCUGAGAGAAAGUCGGGACUACUCGUUUUUAUCGGCCGAUGAAAAUUCCAGGCCCAUUCCUUUGGAGAUCCAGAGAGAGACGAAAAAUUCCCGGCCCGACAAAGAGCGAAUAAUUUCACCAAAAAGGCCCCACGCAGAAAUUUUGAGGAAAGGUUGUGAAGUAGUUCUUCCCGAGCCUAAGAUGAAGAAGGAAGUAAUCCGGCGCCCGAGGAUUCAUGUGAGAAACUGUUCCAAGAAAGAAGAAAGUUGUGAAGAAGCGAUCGGUAUUAUACGGAGGAUGUUUGGGUAUGAUCCGGCCAAGUACAAGAAUGUCGACGCAGGCACUGACGUCAACAUGGAGGCUAAUUUUCGUGAUAUCCAGAAGGAAGAGAGGAGGAGUGCCAAAAUUGCGAACAAGGAGGACGCAGAGGAGUUCAGGAAAAUAAUGGGAAAUUCCAAGAAGAUCAAGCGUAGACGAGAUUGA